AUGUUAGCGGGACGGUGCGUAAGCUCAUUGACACGCAUGUGCGCUCGCCCACUUGCAACUCAAGCUGUUGAUCCCGUCGCACCCUCUCCCAUUUAUCUUGAUGUACAAGCAACUUCACCGAUGGAUCUUCGUGUGGUCGAUGCCAUGCUGCCAUAUAUGGUGAACGACUACGGAAAUCCGCAUUCACGAACUCACGCAUAUGGUUGGAAAGCAGAAGAGGCAGUAGAGAAGGCGCGGACUCAAGUCGCAGCAAUCAUAAAGGCAGAUCCCAGAGAAGUCGUAUUCACAUCUGGUGCUACAGAGUCAAACAAUAUUGCCAUCAAAGGAGUAGCGAAGUUUCAACGCCAUACUGGGAAGAAUCACGUUGUCACUUUGCAAACGGAGCAUAAAUGUGUGCUGGAUUCGUGCCGUUCAUUGGAGACUGAAGGUUUCAAGGUCACAUAUCUUCCUGUAGAUCAUGGCGGAAGAGUUGACUUGAAGGCACUUGAGAAAGCAAUAACCCCAGAAACUUGUUUGGUGUCGAUUAUGUCAGUGAACAAUGAAAUUGGAGUGAUCCAACCUAUAAAGGAAAUUGGGGAAAUUUGCCGUGCUAGAAAGGUGACUUUUCAUACUGACGCUGCUCAGGCUGUUGGGAAAAUUCCACUCGAUGUAAAUGAUCUGAAAGUCGAUGUGAUGUCUAUUUCAGGCCAUAAAAUUUAUGGUCCAAAAGGUGUUGGGGCAAUCUAUGUUCGUCGCCGACCUCGUGUUCGGCUUGAGGCUCAGAUGAGUGGAGGAGGACAAGAGCGUGGUAUUCGAUCUGGCACGUUGCCAACCCCGCUUUGCGUUGGUUUGGGAGAAGCAUGCCGAAUCGCAAACGAAGAAAUGGAAAUGGAUGCAGCCCAUGUGCAACGCCUUUCGGAGAUGCUGAUAAAUGGCAUACAGUCAAAAUGCAGCGACAUAAUUCGAAAUGGAGACCCUGCACAUGCUUAUCCAGGAUGUGUAAAUCUUUCCUUCGCUUAUGUUGAGGGAGAAUCUCUGCUAAUGGCUCUAAAAAGUGUUGCCCUGUCUUCCGGAAGUGCAUGCACUUCUGCAUCCUUGGAACCUUCAUAUGUUUUGCGCGCAAUCGGUACUGGGGAGGACUUGGCGCACUCAUCUAUCCGAUUUGGCAUUGGUCGGUUCACUACAGAAGAGGAGGUACAACAUACGAUCGAUCUAUGUGUGAAAGAGGUUAAACGAUUACGCGAUUUAAGCCCGUUAUGGGAAAUGGUACAGGAGGGUAUUGAUCUGAAAAGUAUUCAAUGGACUCAGCAUUAA